AUGAGUUGCCAACCUUUUACUUCAGCUGAUAGCUUUGUACCUCUGAAUUCUGAAUCUUCUGCCACUCUGCCUCUGAUAAUGCAUCACAGUGUUGCUGAAUGCCUGCCAGCCUCCAACCAUGCUACGAAUGUGGUGUCAACAGUCCCGUCUAUUUUGUCUUUGAUCCAAACUCCUAAAUUUUCGCACAUGCAUUUCUCCAUGACAACUUUUGGAAACACAUCAGCAAGCCUUCAUUAUUCUGUUCCUUCCUGCCAUUAUGGAAACCAACAGUCUGCCUACGGGGUGAUGACAGGUAGCUUAACCCCUUGCCUUUAUAAGUUUCCUGACCAUGCCUUGAGUCAUGGUUUUCCUCCCAUGCAUCAGCCUCUCCUGGGAGAUGACCCCACGGCCAUUGACUUUAAGCAAGAAUUCCAUCGAAAAAGCAAAUCAGUUGAAGAACCAACCGACAUGGAUUCUCCUGAAAUCCAAGAACUAGAAAAGUUUGCCAAUGAGUUCAAAUUGAGGAGAAUUAAAUUAGGCUACACCCAGACAAAUGUUGGGGAGGCCCUGGCUGCAGUGCACGGCUCUGAAUUCAGUCAAACAACUAUUUGCCGAUUUGAAAACCUGCAGCUCAGUUUUAAAAAUGCUUGCAAACUAAAAUCAAUAUUAUCCAAAUGGCUGGAUGAAGCUGAGCAAGUAGGAGCUUUAUACAACGAUAAAGUGGGGGCAAAUGAACGGAAAAGGAAAAGGCGAACAACCAUAAGCAUUGCUGCCAAGGAAGCUCUCGAAAGAUAUUUUGGAGGACAAAGCAAACCCUCUUCUCAAGAGAUUAUGCGGAUGGCUGAGGGCUUGAAUCUGGAGAAAGAAGUAGUGAGAGUUUGGUUUUGCAACAGAAGACAGAGAGAAAAAAGAGUGAAAACAAGUUUACACCAGAGUUCAUUUCCCUCUAUUGUUAAGUAGCAUCAGGAGUAUAGAUGAGAUGUGCCAUCUUAGAGAAGUGGAUCUCUCUGUCAUUCAUUUUCCCUGCCAAAAUUUAGAAAGUUGCUUCUUCCCAAACAUAAUUGUGGAAAGUAAAUUAUUAUAUUGUCUAAUUUAUUUCUUUAAAAUCAUUCAAAACUUGUUAUAAAAUUAUAUUUUCACUUAAAAUAUUUAUGUUCAUAAGACAUGAUACAUUUUAAGCAAAACUUGGCCAUUUAUGGGAAUAAUGUGACAUUCACACAUGGAGACAUAUUAGUGUACAGGUUUGUUUUCACACAGGCUGCUUAGCAUGUCUUUAUUUCUAAGCUUCUGAGGUAUCAGAUAAACAAUGAAAGGCUAUUACCAACAAGGAAGAGUGAUAAAAAAAAUUUUUUUUAACUAGAGUGUCAGUUACAUUUCUAUUAUCAAUUCCUAUAGUUUAUUUGAAUCAAAAUUUGUGCACUUCUUUAAAGAUUCAGUCGUGAUGAGCAGUGAACAGUUAUGUUUCAAAUUUCUUCAAAUGUGUUAGAAUUUUCAUAUUAGCUAGGAUGAAAGUCAAUAUUUUCAUCUGCUAAUACCCCUAAUU